ACCAGGAGCAGCGUUGCGUCCGUGUGUCAACUCAGAAGAAAUGCCAUCUCACCUAAGUGAUCUUCUCUCUCCUACCGGAUUUUAUAUUCCUCAGCAGAUUUCCUUGCCUUGUGAUUCCGUGACCGCUGAUUGAAUGGCUGUCAUGACUUGUGCCCUCAGGAUUGUAAAGCCACGACAGCAGGAUGAAAAUCCCUCCUUUGGUGCUUAUGCGUCCUUUCAACCUCUCAGCAAUUACACCCUGUAAUUAGACAGAGAAUCGCGUUGAAAAUCCACUGAUGAAACAAUGGAAAGACCUUCAACAUAUCGACUCAAAGGACAAAGAUGUUUCCAUACUGUGAGUCGGACACAGUUCAUUUAAACAUUACCAUGGGGAGGAGUUCGGACUGAAACACAGGGAGAUAUAAUAACACUGAGGAAAAGAGAGAGAGCGAGAGCCUGGAGGUGAAGACAUGGUCAUCACUGAUAGAAACAGCAGCACCCCUGUACCUAAAAAGGAGCCCCAGAAGAAGAAGAGGGGGAAGUCUCGCCCUCAUGGCCUUCCCUCUCCGGCACUCUGCUGUGCAUGUGGCCUAUGCAUCAUGCUGGCUGGACUCAACAUCACUCUGGUGGGAGCAUUCGCUUUCAGCACACUGGUGCCUUCUGCCAACCCGCCAAUCAUCAUUGGACCUAUCCUACUGCUGGUGGCCUUUUCCUUUUUUGGGGCCUGUUGCGUCUGCAGCCGCCUCCCCCCUCCCCACAGCUCACGUAGGUCUAAGGUGGGCGGCAGGGGCAUGGGGUUGAUGGGACACGGUGGGCUUACUGGUGGGGCAGCAUUUGAAAUUGAGACCAGUGAGCACACCCUGCAGGAUACUACAGCUGUGCAGCUAAGCCCCACAUCCUCUCCUGGAUCAUCCCGGGCGUCCAGCCCAGAAAAAGAGGCUCCUGAUGCGGCCCUACCAGGUUCCUGCAAGCUCUUCACCAUGGAGACCAAUGGUCCUUCUUCUGUUUCUGCCACCGCAGUCUACUCAGCCUCCACGUCAACAGGAGGGGAGGUGAGGCUCAACCUGCCACGUGAAGAAGUGGUCACCUAGCAGAGCAGAAACUCUUCCAAGGCCGGAGUGCUGGCAGUGUAAAUAUCCUUCUGGGUCGAGGGCUUGCUGAGUGUGAUUGUGUCCUCCAGUCUACGUAGUGCCAUAUUUCUGGUUGUGACAAGUUCUCAACAGUAUGCUUUUGAUUUCUCUUGCUGUGCAGCCAACUGGUAAUUAGCAUGCAAAAUUAAUGAAACAUCCAAGUAUUUGUGGAUCGUAGGUUUUGGAAUUCAAAUUCCUACCUCUCUUGUGCUGUUUUCUUCCAGGUCUUUGUUUUUAACGUGGGGCAUUAUGCACAGUUUUCCUGUAGAAAUCAAACAAAGUAUGUGAAACCAUAAAUAUUUUAUUUUUCACUGUUACUCUGGUUAGUGGAAACCUCAACUGUGAGCAGUGGUUUGAGAGGGCUCUCCUAAUAAAUGUGAUUGUUGAUUUGUUCUGAAACUUUAAAGAUUACAUGUGAAAGGUCUGUAGUGAAAACCAGAGUUGAACUGUACAGGUACGUUUGUAGUGACAUUUGGCAUUUUGUAUGCCAUUCUCAGUGCUGAACUUGUUUUGGGGGCAUAAAAUAUUAUAGGUCACAGGGGUCCCAAAGCAAUAUUGUCUCACCUGAGAUUAAGUUCUUGGCAUUUACAGUUGUUUUCACAAGUAAGUGAGUACACACUAUUUGUCUACAGCCAAUACAUUUGUAAUGAACAAUGGUGCAUAUAGAGAAGUGUGUUACAGUAUAUUUACAUGUAACUGUGUACAAUGUUGGCUUGAAGAAGCAUUAUUCUUGUAGUUUGACAAGUUUUGUCAUCACACAAACAUUAACUGUGAGUAUUAUGAUUCUCACCACAUUCUUGGUAGUUUCUGAUUUCACAUGUGCAUUUUUAUCCAAAGUACUCGCGACUCUAAUCACAGUUUCUAGGUCACAUUUUGAGCAAUUCCUGUACAGUGUAAUGCAGGUAAAUUCAUGAUCCAGGUACAUCCAGGUGUCAUCUCGAUGAGUUUGUCAUCAAGAAAUCGAAUUUAUAUUGUGAUUUGACACAAAAAGAGCAUGCUGUCACAUUGUUACACAAAUGGGAGCAUUCUCAUUUUUUGUGUCGGAUUUGACAAACUUUACCUUGAUAUAUCAGCAGAAAUCACCCUCCACUGGACCUAUUGUACACAAUAUGGGAAAGCCACGACACAGUUUAGAUAUUCAGAUUGCAUAAAAAAAAAAAAAAUUGUUCCCCAUCACUGUGAUGUCUUCUUGUCAGUUAUAAACCUGACUGGUUAAAAAAAGACAUUCAAACCCUGAUUUCCUUUGAAAGGAAAGUUGCCUUAGACUGAGAUAUCAGGAUCAAACUAAUGAGGGCUAUAUAAAAGUGCACAAUAGCAGUUUUCUUCAGAAAGCCUUUGUUUGGCUCUGGAUUUCUAUUCCAUAUUGUUAGGAAAGCCUCAACAGGUUUCUGUUUUUGUGGAUAUAAGAAAUGCAUGCAAAUAGUUUAUAAAUGUUCCAUCUCAGAAAUUUAUAUGCGGUACCAGGAGAGUGAACUCCUGCAUACAGACAUACAGCCACUGGCCAUUCAUUAUUUGUGACACAGCGCCCGAAAAGGACCAGUUUCUCUGUCAAAGCUCUCUCUCAAGCCAAAUUGGAGUGCUGAGCUUAAUUUUGCAUGUUCAGAGAACUGAAUCAUGGGAAUGCAAACACCCUGUUGUGAACUUUUGGUGUUAUCUGUGUAUUUUAAUUUGUGUAGCACUUCUACAAAAAUCUGGAAAAAUGUAAAGGAUAGAAUAUUUUUGUGAAGAUUAUAAUUUUGUUUAUUUUAAAAGUAACUGAUCCAAAUGUGAAUACUUCAAAAGAUAUGAAUAAAAAGCCUAUUUCAGUAGAACAUGAGGUUGCUCAUUAUGUAUGUGUGGCAUGACACCAUGUACUUACUACAUUGCAUUUUGUGUCAUCAUGAAGUGAAAUGAAUAAAAA